AUGCAGCGAAAAUUGGAACAAUUACCUGGUCUUAGUAAUGUGACUGGGAAGUACACAAAAAAGUGUACAGACGAACCAUACCCUCGUUUGUUUGUACGCAAUACGAGUGAAGGUAGGAAUGAUGUCACAAUCCAUUUGAACAAAGUCAAGUCAGAAAGCUCGGGAGUUAAUAAUUCUGAUGUCGCAUCCCCUGUAUGGCCCUUGAAUGUCACAAAGUCUUCAAUCAUGCAGCCCCGAUCGGACUCCGCCAAUAGCUCCGAUUACUUACCAGUGAAUCACAAAUGUCCGAACAUUCAUGUCGCCAAACCUCAGUAUGUAACUCCGAAAUCGUCAACAACACACCAGUCUUCGAUAUCUAAUGGACCAAAUAUGUCUUCAGGAGGAAAGGUGAGGCCUCAAAAAUCAAAUAUUCCUAUUAAGCCACAAGAUAUACAACGUACCAAACGAUAUAUGAAGGAAGUAGUGAAAUCGUCAUCAUCAGGAAGUGUGUCCACACUUCAGUCUAAACCCACGGGUGUGAUAAUAGCCACCCCAUGUUCUCCACAGGUUAAUGAACAGGGUCUCACCAGGUCGUUUGAUAGUUUUUCUGUGAGUGGAAGAGUGGCUUCAUCUAACUCAUUUUCUGGAAGUGAGGAAUCAUUUCAUACAGUCUCUGAAAGGGCGUCUUUUUUAAAUGAAAAAGAUUUUAGUCAAAGAUUGUUACCUAGUCCAUGCAUUGUGCCAGGUUAUUCUUAUGAGACAGAGGACAAGAUUUCUUCAACAAGAGAACAUUCACGUGACCGAUCGUCCAACACUCAGCCACCAAAUUUACUGAAUGUUAUGAAGAACUCACCUGGAGGUGCUGACUUUCAACACUGUUGUAAGAGAUCCUCAGAUGAUCGGGGGGCUUAUCCGCUAGGAGAUGAACAGUUAUGUAAUAGAAUAGGUCGGAUAAAUCUCUCGGAUAAUGAACCGGCUGUUUCACCUAUGCGUAUCGGCAACGACCCAUCAUUCCAGUCCACAGAACGUCACAUUUCAUACUCUGGUAAUCAGGAAAAACGAGAUACGAGUGAACUCAAGGGAAAACCCGUAAUACAACUUUAUGGUCUUCAACCGAGGCACGCCUCAUGGAAUGUUGGUUUUCCCAAUGUAGCUGGAUUACCAGAUGCUCGAAUGCCGGGUUCACAGUGCACGCAAAACGCUUUGGAACAUUACUUGUCAGACUUGAUAGCAGAUGAGCAGAGAAUAAUGGCGAAUAGUCCUUGUACGGGUUUGGCUCAUGGCUAUUGCGAAACAACGUCUGGUCAUGUGAAUCCCUCAGUUUCUCCAAAAUCUGGUGGGGCUGGGAAGAUAUGA